GCCCGGUUUCCCAUGACACCAUGCGAGGAGCAACGUAGCCGGAAGCUGGUGGCGGCGGGGUCGGCGACUGGCGAGAGUCCUCGGUGCAGCUCGCCGCCCGACCCGGCCCGGACCCCGCCGACCCCGCCUGAUCCCGGUGCGCAGAUCGAGCCCGCCUGCAUCAUGGCCAGCCCCAGGACCAGGAAGGUGCUCAAGGAAGUCAGGGUGCAGGAGGACAACAACGUGUGUUUUGAGUGUGGUGCGUUCAACCCUCAGUGGGUGAGUGUGACCUACGGCAUCUGGAUCUGCCUGGACUGCUCGGGGAAGCACCGCGGGCUCGGCGUGCACCUCAGCUUCGUGCGCUCUGUCACUAUGGACAAGUGGAAGGACAUUGAGCUUGAGAAGAUGAAAGCUGGUGGGAAUGCUAAGUUCAGACAGUUCCUGGCGUCUCAAGAGGACUAUGACCCCUGCUGGUCCCUGCAGGACAAGUACAACAGCAAAGCGGCCGCCCUCUUCAGGGACAAGGUGGCAGCUCUGGCCGAAGGCAGAGAAUGGUCUUUGGAGUCAUCGCCUGCACAGAACUGGACCCCGCCGCAGUCCAAGAUGCUGCCAUCCACUGCCUACCGGGCCUCCGGCCAGCCGCAGAGCUCGACUGCCUCCUCGGACAAGGCCUUUGAGGACUGGCUGAACGAGGACCUCAGCUCCUACCAAGGGGCCCCGGAGAGUCGCUACGUGGGGUUUGGAAACACGGUGCCGCCUCCGAAGAAGGAGGACGACUUCCUCAACAGCGCCAUGUCGUCCCUGUACUCGGGCUGGAGCAGCCUCACCACCGGAGCCAGCAGGUUUGCCUCAGCAGCUAAAGAGGGUGCUACAAGGUUUGGAUCCCAGGCAACUCAGAAGGUGUCCGCGGGUUUGGCAGGCAGGGUAAGAGGCUGCACCUGUGUAGGGCUUGUGGGGCUGGAAAGUCACCCUGUCCAUCGCAGCCUGGGUGCUGGGCAGCCACGCGGCCACUGGCAGAGCCCCCGCAUCAAGAAGGAGCAGGCGGCAGGCGGCUCCACUGGACCGAGGAGGCUCAGCGUCACGGAGGCGAGGCUGCGUCUGCCAGCCAGCCUCUGUGGGCCCCUGGGGCUGGCGUCUGUCCCGUGUCCCUGGUCAGUGCCUUCUCUUCCUGGAGGCAGGGGUCUCGGCUGCAGCCUUUUCUUUUUUCAAAUCCUGGUUAGUGGUCCCUGCAGUCCCCCGGAGGUGCCAGGGCUCUGGGCUGGCCUGUCCUCUCAGGGCUGGGUGUUAGGACUCAUGAGGCAGCGGCCAUAGGGCUGUCCCAGGCCCCAAGUGAGGGAGGGGUGGCUUCUCCCCCGCUGCUGGGGGCCCCUGCUCUGCUUCUCUGAGCCCCUACUCUUUCAGCCCCUGAACCCCUUGCUCACAUGGUUCUGGAUGGUGGUCAGUGGGAGUGGAAAGCAGGGUUCAGCGACAGUGAAGGGGGCUCCAAAGUCACUCUGGGGCGCCGUCAGGGUGAUGUAGUGAUGUGACUCGAGGUGCUUUUGGGGGUGCCCAUGCUGCUCUACUGCCUUGCUCUCUCCUCUUUCCCCACUCGAUCCCUGUGCCGCUGGGUAAAGUUCUGGGGUUCCAGGCAGCAGCCGGAGCUGGUAAGGUGCCGCGUCCGUGUGUCACCCUCAGCACGCCCUCAUCUGUGGGGCCUGUGCUAGGUUCCGCUGUCGCCUGCUGUGGCCUGUCCUGUGUCUGUGCUUACGUGUGCUCACGCUCAGAACUUCUCACUGGCCUGAUGGGCUCCUGUUUGGCCCAUGCAAGCUGCUUGGGGACCCGCACUUCCUUUGUGACCCAGAAUGCAAUGGGCACUGAUGGCCUGGAAUCCACGGGAGCUACUUGGCAAGACUUGCAUGGAGUAAUUUUCUUGAACCAAACACUCCAAAGGUGUCUUAUCCCAGGAGUGAGGUCCUGGCACCCAUCCUGAGGCUUUGCUCACAGCCCCUGUCAUCCCACUCCUGCCCCCACCUCAUCAUCUCCCAGCUCUGUCCCCUCCCCUCAGCCAGCGCCUGAUGCUCGCUCUCCAUGGCUGCGGGGGCUCACGCUGGGCUGCUGAGGUUGCUCCCCUACACCCUGGGGAGCAUGUGAGGUGAUCUGCUACUGGCCGGGCUGUCUUCACCAGGCAGGAUCCACUGGGCUCUGAGGGGAGACCCUGGAGGCGAAGGCUGGGCAGGGCGGACCCCGGGCUUGUGCUGUCCCUGGGCCCCUGCCUGUAAGACUGCGUAGCAGGGCGCAGCGGGUCCGGCCUCUGUGGUCAGGGUGCUCAGGGCCACUUCUACGCAGCUGCUGUGAGUCCCGUAUGCCAGUGGACUGCUUGCUGUCUCUGCCCGCAAAACUGGCAGCCGCUGUGCUGACCCUCGUUCUGGGGUGAACAUGGUGCCAGGAACUCCCUGACUUCCCUCUCAUGGCGUCUGUCCUUCA